ACCUGGCGGGGCGGGGGGCGGGGCACCCUGUGAGCCGCGGCACUGAGAGGGUCUCGCCGCCACCGCCUCCCUGCACCCUGCCUCCCUGCUGCCACUGUUCCCCGCCCCUGCCGCCUCUGCCACCGUGAUGGCCCCUCCCAGACUGGCAGCAGAUGAUGUAGGGGAACUAUCCUGCGAGUAGUGAGGCAGUGCCCCACCACCAUGGGGACAACCUGACAGAUUACAACAAGCUGCUGAAUCUCAAGCAUCAAGGCUGUGAUAACAAACGAUCUGACGAUAAUAUAUAGAGCUAGUGGUUAUACUUGAUCUCAGAUUAUGUUCCAGUUUUGUUACUUUUCCUCUGAUGUAUAUUUAAGAAUUAUAGUAGAAAAUCAUAGUAGCUGAAAAUAUAGAUGCAGAAUAAUUAUUUAUUCAUUAUUGAAGUAUAAGUUAAUGAUGCUCAAGACAUGCUUAAAGCAAAUAGAUAAGUGAAAUUGUUAUAAAGACAUUAAAUAGCAGAAAUUUGAAACUUUUGUACUCUGUCUUUCAUCUUAUUGAAGAACACAACGUUUAUCCAUAGAUAAAUUAUUUAUAUUAUUUAUAUAACUAAUGUAAGCUCAUGUAAGAUAGAAUCAAACUGAGAAAGGCAAAGGCAGCUCUCAAUAUCUUGCAACCAGCACUGAGACAUCUGUAGUUACCACUGAAAAGAUUCUCACCAACUUGAAGUGAGUUAGUGAGUGCAAGCAUGGCGGCUGUGGAGGGCCAGGCCACUCAGCUGGACUUCCACCAGGCCAUGGAGGACUUCAAGACCAUGUUCCCUGAUGUUGAUGCCGAUGUCAUAGAGGCUGUGCUGCGAGCCAACCAGGGAGCCGUGCAUGAGACCAUUGACCAGCUGCUUACCAUGACCACCGACACCCAGAGCCAAGGAGAGAGUGUGGUGGACCAGCUGGCACCCCACACUGGCGGCGGUGGUGGUGGUGCAAGUAACGAGCUGCCGCCCUCCUAUGCCCUCUCAGCCACGCCUCCCCCAAGCUACCACCAGGCUGUGCCCUCACCAAACCGCUCCCCACUCCGAGGAGUGUUAGCUCAGAGUGAGGAGAGCCUGUCACUACGGGCACAGAGAAAUUGGAACCCCCCAAUGCUCCUGCCCCUUCCUACAGAUUUUCUGAGACUCACUCCACCACCACACCAAGGCGUGGGCGUGUUGUCGCCUCAGAGGCUCAGUCAGCGCCUGAACGAGAACGCCCUGGCCCGCGAGGCAGUGGGGGAGAGCGAUGCAGAGUUGGCACAGUACCUGAAGGACGAGCGCAUCGCUCUCUUCCUGCAGAAUGACGAGUUUAUGGACGAGCUGCGGACCAACAGAGAGUUUAUGACAGCCUUGCAGGAGGAUUAUGAAUCAGAGGCAGGGGAUGAUGAUGAAAAUGAGGGAGCCAAAGGCAAGGGCCAGCUGGCUCAGCUUGAUGAUGCAACACUCAGAGAGAGAAUUGCUACUAUGGGUAAAGCAUCAAGAAAGAAGUUUGCACAGAUUGCCAAGGUGUUUUCCCGGCGCAAGCGAACCAGCAGCCGAACUUUACUUCCCAGUGUGGGGCGAGACCAGCUCUUGAUAUCAGCCGACCCAUUAAUAGAAGAUGAAGAUGAUGAAAGACAAACUCAGCAGGUGGAAGGAGGGGUGUCUGCAUCACCAAGACUGCUGCGAUAGAAGCUCGCCUCCCCCACCAUGGUGCACUUAUGACACCAGUGCUGAACCUUCUCUCAAGACACACAGUAGGCACAUACACACUAAUGCUGUCUCAUUUACUUGGAAUACCAUUUCCUAAAUUCACAGAAGCAUUAUUAUGUAAAUGAAAAAAAGAAUUGUGUUGAAAGUUAGUAGAAAUCUGCUAGUUCUUUCAUUCCUCCUUCAACUGAAGAGGUUUAUAAAUCAAAAGAUGUAUUAGCUUUUUCUUUUCUUACUGUUAGAUAUCUUUUUAGUAGUAAUUGCUGAUGCCAACUCCUGUAUUAAAAAUCCCAAGAAAUUUAUACUGUACUUAAUAUGCCCAUAUGUACAAUAAUUCUAGUUAUUUUUAAAAUGUUAUUAUUUUAUUGUAAUAACAUAUUUUUAUAAUUUAUUAUGAACAUAGUAUGUAUAGCUUGUAGCAGGAGAUCUAUAUUUAUUUAUACAGAUUCGAAUGUCCUGGCAUAUAUUUUUUAAGGAUUAUACACAUUCUUUUUAUAAAUACAUAUAUACA